AUCUAGAAUACCAUUUUGGUCCCUGGAAGAGAUAAAUCAAUAGAAGAUGUUUCUAUCGGAGUCGAUUGUGUUUUUGUUUCACACGGGAGAUCGGAGGGUAAAGAUGGACGGCGGAGCGGCAGCGGUGGCCGGAGACUAUGUCCCCCCGGUCUCUACCGUUGUUUCUGGAGCUGGUUUAGAUGUGCUGAACAGCCACCACAUGGUUCUUAGAGACUUGAAACCAGAGUGUCUCUAUUCUGUUGGAUUGAACUUUACAUUAUUCCAUAUUCAAAUGAAAAUUCAUCCAAACCGUGCAGAAGACAGCAUCCAGAGAAGUGAUCGAGCGGAGACAGUUUGUGGAUCUCCAUUGUAUAUGGCUCCAGAAGUUCUUCAAUGCAACUCCUGCUGCAAGUUCACUGCAAAUGUGUUCAUAUGCAUCUCCGCCUCCGAUCACCUCGGCAGUGCCUCCAAGACCAAGACUGGACACGACAAAAAUCGCUGGCACGCAAUCAGAUCAUGCUGCUAUGAAGUUUCGAACUCCUUCGCCCUUCCACAUUGCUCCAUCUCUCCUGAGACAACCCCUUAA